AUGGCGGACAAAGGGGCGCAUGACAUAACUAUGGACGACAUGCAGCCUGCUGUUUUCAAGGCAUUUCUUCACUUCAUCUACACGGAUUCAUUGCCUUCCAUGGACGAUCUUGAGGAUGAUGACAAAAGAGAAAUGUUUAAGCACUUACUCAUGGCUACAGACAAGUAUGCGACGGGAAGAAUGAAGAUGAUAUGUGAAGGGAUGCUAUGCAAGUGUCUUGACGUUGAGACCGUGGCGACCAUCUUAGCUCUAGCUGACCAGCAUCAUUGCAGCAACCUCAAGAAUGCUUGCAUUGAAUUUAUGUUCUCUUCGAAUAAAAUGGAUGAUGUGAUCGCAAGCCAAGGGUAUCUGCACCUCAAAAGAUCUUUUCCUGGUCUUUUUGUAGAGAUGUUUGAGAGAAGUGUCAAGUCCCGCAAAAUUUAG